AUGGGCAGCUCCUGCUUUGGCCUCAAGGAACGGCUGAUAAAGCGGCUGCGGCCUCUGCCUACCUUGACCUUCAUCCGUACCUGCCUGCCCCAGAGGAGGAGCAGAGAUUUCCGCGUGGUGGUGGUCGGCUCGACCGGCGUGGGCAAGAGCGCGCUGGUGCAGAGGUGCGUGCGCGGCAACUUCCGUGAGGCGUAUCUGCCGACCAUCGAAGAUACCCACCUCCAGGCGCUGGGAUGCAGCCACAAGGCGGGCACAAUGCACACCACCGACACCACCGGCGGCCGCCGCUACCAGGCGACUCGCCAUUGCCAGGGUCACGUCUUCAUCCUGGUCUACUCCGUCACCAAGAAGCAAACCCUGGAGGAGCUGAAGCCCCUCUAUGAGCUGAUCCGUCAACUCAAAGGCAACAGCCCGCAAAAGUGCGCCAUCAUCCUGGUGGGCAACAAGUGCGAUGAGAGCCACCGGGAGGUGAGCGAGAAGGAAGGUGCUGCCUACGCGUCGGAGUGGAAUUGUGCCUUCUUGGAGACCUCCGCCAAGAUGAAUAUCAAUGUGCAGGCGCUGUUCUAG